UUAUCGCGGCGUCACGUUGGAUUGUUGUUAUUCUUUAUUCUACCGAUUCUAGAAAAUACAUAAUAAUAUUUGUCGUACGCAUCAUUUCAAAGCGUUAUAAGCUUUAAUCAAGAAUAAUAAUAUUUAAUAAGCAAAAAUGUUGUUUACCAAGUUGGAAGUACUGGUGGACUUAGGUGAGAAGCCUGAUCAGAAAGUUCUGGAUAAAACCAUCAAUGAGCUGAAGUCUCAAGAUGGUGUCAAGGAGGCAGUGUUCAAAAACGGGGCUUUCGUGGUAGACUCAACUUUGCCAAGCUCUGUGGUGCUGGAUAUGGUCUCCAAAACCUCUGGGAAAAGAGCAGUCUUGCAAGGAUUUGGAGACACCCAAUCAGCGGUGGCCAUGGUGUCGAGCGCGGACUCGAGCGUGCUGGGCGUGGUGCGGCUGCAGCAGCAGCGGGGCGCGCUCGUGGCGGACGGCAGCGUGGACGGACUGGCCCCGGGGCUGCACGGGCUGCAUCUGCACGAGACCGGGGACCUGAGCCAGGGUUGCUCGUCGCUGGGGCCGCACUACAACCCGCACGGGGCGGCGCACGGCGCCCCGGGCGGCGCGGCGGGCGCGCGCCACGCGGGGGACCUGGGCAACAUCCGCGCCGACGAGCGCGGCCGGGCCACGUUCCGGAUCGUCGACCAUGUGCUGAACAUAUCGGACAUUAUCGGUCGCUCGAUCGCCAUCACGGAGCGCGCCGACGACCUCGGGCAGGGCUCCAGCCCCCGCUCCAAGAUAGACGGAGACAGCGGCCCUCCAAUAGCGUGCGGCAUCAUAGCGCGCUCUGCCGGCGUGUUCGAGAACCCCAAACGCAUAUGCGCGUGCGACGGCGUCGUGGUGUGGGACGAGCGCGACCGCCCGCUCGCCGGCAAGGGCCGCCGCUGCUGCCAGAAGGAUAAGGAGAACGACAACAAGGAACAGAAGCCUUGCUGCAAGGCGCAUUAAAUGCUGCACAAAAACAUUCGGAACUACCAAUGAACUUUGAACUUUUGAAGGCUAGUUCCCGAUUCGCCGGAUGCCUGUUUCGCCGGAUUUACUUCAGGACGUCACAAUCCGAAUACCUAUAUAAGAAUCCGACGAAACAGGAAUCCGCCGAAUAGGGAACUAACCCUUUUGAAUGGGGUUCGAACUUAUUAUUUGGAGGGGAUACGUCUCGUUAAAAAUAAGGAAAAAAUCCUGUCCCCCAUAACACAUUCAGUGCCGAAAACCCGACUAUCGGGUAUUUUAUGAUUUCGUUCCCAGGACGGACGACCCGAUAGUCGGGAUCGUGGUACUACUGCUUUAUAUGACGAAAUUGUUGUGGCCUGGCGCGGACAUCUUGUUUGCCUGAAUUGCAAUGAAUGUGUGAAGAAAUUGGAAUUAUUGAUAUUCAAGAAAUAAGUACCUACAUAUAACAUAGAUUGGUAGAAAACGUUAAUUGGGUGAAUCAACCUUUUCUUAUCACUAGUUGCCAUGGUUACGGUGUCCUGGGUCACUCUUAAAAUACUAGUUAUUUCGUAUUUAAAUGAACCAAACUUGAUUUUUUUGGUAGUUAUAAGGCCUUUCCAUAAUGGGACAUCUACUAAGCACGUUUGUAGAACAUGGUACAGCAGCUCUUCUAAGAAACUAUGCUACUAUUGUCUCCUGGAUGAUGAGACAGAAUAACAACAACAAAUAGUUUAUCGACCCAAUUACUUCUAGGAUUGUAUAGAUUAGAAUAAAAAAUCCUACGAUAAUAAUGUAAAAAAACUAAAUCGAACUCAUGUCAUUUUAUUAUUAUUUACAAAUAAACUUAGUUACAAAAUUAACAGAUAUUGUGAAAUAUCCAUACAAAACUGUGAACUCGCUUUAAAUUAAAAUAAAUCCUAUUUCAUAAUUAAAUAGAACAAAAAAAAGUUACAUUAUAACGAUUAUAAGUAUAAAGUAGUUAUGCUUAACCUUUGGCAAGCUUUAACUGUCGUAAAAGUGAUAAUUACGUUCGAUAUUAAGACGAUACAACUUUGUAGGCAAAGACAAAAAACUUAGUAAAGUUGUUGGCGUAUGACUGAGGUAUUUGCGUUACAAACACAACGUUCCAAUGGUGAAUAACCGUUAUAUUCAUAAUUUUUUAACUUUUUGUUAAGAUAAUUACUUGCGUUAAUUUUAUUUUUAAGUUCGGUUGAAAAAGUAUACAAUUAGGUUUUAUUUAAUUUAUAUUACGGGAUUUGUUAAUGUUUGUAAAAAAUGCAAUAAAUUGUUGAACAUA